UGGGACCAGGAGUGGAAGGGGGGAAAGAGCCGUGGUGGUGAGGCCUUCCUGGACAAGGUCAUGGCGGCAGCCGACGGUCCCACGCAGCUCCUGGAAGUGUGCGGGCAGAGACUGUCCCGAUUCCUUCACGAUGCUGAGCACAAACACUUGGCCUGGCUGCGGGAGGUGGAGGAGCAGGGCUUGAGGAUGCUGGAUAGCAUUAACUUCAGAGCUGAACCUGGCCUGAUGCCCAAAACGCCAUCCCAGAGGAGACGGCCUAGGAAGAGGCAGUCUUCAGCUCUGAAAGAUGAGAAUGAGCCAACCAGGAGGAGGUUGUCCAGAAGGAGAAGCAGUGUCAAGCUAGCAUCUUCCAGGCCAAGUUCCCAAAGAUGCUGCAGCAAAGAGCAUCCCCAGAAUCCUAGCUGUCAGGUGAGGUCUGAGACCAACACUGCAAUGGAGCUUCCAGCACUGCCUGAGAAAUUGCCAGCAGAAGCACAAAGUUCCAUGGUGGAAGUGGAUUGCAAUGACUGCCCUCAGGCUGAGUUACCUCCACAGCAAGACAGUGCUGACUGUGGUGAUGCAGACUCUGAGGCUGUCCCAGCAGAGCAGGUGUCCCUGGAGGGUGCAAUCAAUGAACUGCAUGAGGUGCCUGCUGUCAGUGCAGUCCCUCAUGACCAGACAGCAGUAGAGGAGGAAGAGACCAUUGAACGAAAAGCAAGUACGUCCACUCCCAAGGCUACUAGAAAUAGGCAUCCUGCCAUGCCCCAAGGAGAUCUGUCGUCUCAAAGCCUAGAGAAGGUGCUUCUCCAGGACUCCAACAACAAAAUGACCAUAGUGACAUCCAAAACACGACGCUCUGGACGCCGAAGCUGUGUGGGUGGCACCCACAAAAGCCAUGGGACCUCCUUGGCUGAAAAAUAUUCUCUGGCCAGCAAAAGAGAGAGCAUGAUCCGCAGAUCUAUCAGCAGGGCCAUUGCAAAGAAGGCAGCAGCACAAGAAUCUUCCUCUGCCUCCAGCAGAGUGAGCUGUCAAAGCUCCUUAGAGGUUUUUGUGGAAGAAGAUGUGACCAAUAACUUGAGAACUGGACUGGAACUGAACUCCCCAAGUGAAAAGGCUCCUGAAAACUUGUUCACUUCAAGCAAAAGUGAAAAAGAUGUCAGCCCUCCUGCACAGCACUUGUCUCCUGAGCAGCAGACAGAGAAUAAUGAAGGAAGCUGUGUAAAUCCCAAGAGUGAAGCCCAGAACAAGAACCAAGAACAAGCCCACUGUGCCAAGUCCCAAGAGAAUCCUUCACGCCUAUGGACAAGAAGCUAUAAGCAAGCAAUGGGUGCUGUAUGGAACCGCCAGCAUCCAGGAGGUGGUGCCCACUCCCCUCUGGAUGACAAGCAUGCGAAUUCUGCAAACCUGACUCCACCUUCUGCUUCUCCAGCUAGCAAGGUGGUUAGACCAUUGAAAAACUUCCUUCAGGCUGUGCAGAGAAACCAGCUACUUACAACCUCUGGGUCCACAGGACAUGGAGGUGUCAUAAAGAAUUUCAUCAAAUGCAAUACUCCCACCCGACCUAAUCUUAAGGGAGACUUUGUUGAGAAGGAGCGACAGAGACUGGAAAGUCUCAGGAAGAAACAGGAGGCUGAGGAACAAAGGAAGAAGAAAGUGGAGGAAGAAAAGAGACGGAGACAGGCAGAAAUGAAGCAGAAGAGGGAAGAACGACUGAGGAAAGCACUGCAGGCUCGAGAGCGAGUGGAACAAAUGGAAGAAGAGAAGAAAAAACGGAUGGAACAGAAGAUUUUACAGAGUGAUGAAAAGGUGCGUCUCUCACAGGUGCGGGAAGAAAAGGUGUCUGAGGAACGGAGCAAGAAAAAGCUAUCAAAGAAACCUUGGGAAAGUGAUGUGCGGAAGCAGAAGAUACUGAAGUUGGAGGAAUGUGAACUUGAGCAGCAAGAACUGCUGCAGAAAAGGAGAGAAGUUGAAGUGGAAGAAAAAGGAAGAGUUCUGGAACUGAAAAAUCUUGUAGGGCAGCAACAGGUGGAACAAACGAAGGAGAGGGAUCUCAAGCAGCGUGGGAAAGAGAAGGUCCCCUAUUCACAGAUGGAGUCCAUGGUGUUUACUGAUAAAAACACAACGAAGGGACAUGGUCUGCAGGAGCCCCAGCAGCAGCUGGCUGAAGAGAAGAAAAUCGAGCAACCAGAAUCUUUUACUGCUGCCUCCAGCACGUGGCUGAGCAAAACUGUGAAGACACUUCAGAGACGUAUGCUGGUAGUUUGUGGCAGUAUCUCCAUAAUGAUGCCUUUCCUGGCUUGUCCUCUGAAACCUAUCUCCACAUCCUGCUUAGCGCCUUCAAAGGGCACAAAAGAAUCCAGGUCCCCCAAUAACUAUGGGAUGGAUCUGAACAGUGAUGAUUCCACAGAUGAUGAGAAUGAACCUCGGAAGCCUGUCCCUGCCUGGGCUGAUGGGUCUCAGCUUAAUCAAGCCAUUCUGCACCAGUACUAUCAUCCAGUGAAUGUUGACCAACUGUUUGGGUUGAUAGCAAGCCCUAAGCUGGAAGAUAUUUUUGGCAAGAGCAAGCCUCGGUAUUUCAAACGCACGAGCUCAGCAGUUUGGCAUUCCCCACCUGGGCCCAAAUCAACUUGUGGCAUAGCUUGCAACUUCAAAAACUGAGAAAACAAAUGGCUUUUGGAUAGUGAGACAUAUUGGUUUUAUUUUCUUAGCAUGCAGAUUGCUUACCAUUUUAAACCUUUUUGUACAAAAAUAAAACAUUGAAUAAAGUC